AUGCAUAGUGGUGGUCAACCUCGAAAUAAUGCUACGUAUUCUGUGACAAUACAUAAUUUUAACAAUAACCCAUACUAUGAUAUCUUUAUUCAAGUGACAAAGACACUUUCUAAUGCCCCAUUUGAAGUAAGUUCAAUCAUUAUGACUGAAGAUGUUGGAUCAGAAGGCCAAAGAAACCUUUUUGUUGAUACAGCCGAAAUUAACAUUGCUCUGGAUCCGAAUUUAAUUGGUUUAGCAGUUAACAAGAUCUCCCCUGCAGCUUCAACUGCAACAGUGCCUACAAAUGGAACUGAGACUGCUUCUGAUCAACCAAUGGAGACUGUAGAAGAAAGAAAUGACCAACUUCAGCAAGCAUUGGUAGCAAAUCCUUAUGAGACAUACAGGCAGAUGCCUUUACAACAGUUAAUACCGUUGAUUUUACAACAGCGUGAAAGCAGCAAGUUCUCGGAUUUAUCAGAGGAGACAUUAAUGCAAGAAUUGGCAUUAGAAGAGAAUGGGAUGUCUGUCGAAGAUAAGGAUAUGGAUGGAGAUAUUGAUAUGCAGAUUACUCAAGCGGAAAAGACUCCGAAACCGCAGGAAAUAACAGAUGAUGGUUAUGAGGGUGAGUUGGGGAACAUCCUUGAGGGUUCAAUGUCUGCGGAGCAGUUUAAACAAAUGAAAAAGGAAGUUCUGGAGAAUAUCAACCUGGCAUUGAAUGAAUCCUCUUUAUCAUUGGAGUUUGUCUCUUUGUUACUGUCAUCUGUUCGAACUCAUGUAGGUGUUAGUUCGAUGUCUCCCUUCCUGAAGCGUUCUGUACCACCCGCUUCUUUAAAUGCUGAUAAACUUCCUUACCAGCGUAAGACGAAAAAGGAGGCAUUGGAGCUCGCGGUAAUAAGUAAAGGAUGGAAGCUAAGAUGUCUUGAAGAAGCACGUUCUUUAUUAAAAGAUAACUACAUGAAGAUAGAAAAGUCUCUUGAAAUUGAACAUGCGCAUUGGUCUAUGAUAGCAGAACAUAUCUCGAAUACUGACGUUAUGUUCAAAAUAAGAGAUGGUUACACAGGGAAAAGGUCCCUUGCUAUAAAAUAUGGUUAUGAGGAUUCUGGAUCGCUAUACAAGCAAGAUAGAGGCAUUGCAGUCUUGCGACAUAACACUGACUUGAAGAAGCUUGAACUAGUUCCUAUUUCGCAUUCCAAAGGGCAUGUUCAUAUUCCUAGGAAUUCUGGUGACAGAUUCAUGAGAGUUUAUAUUUACACAAACAUCGAAGAAGAUAAUGACUACAUUUUAAGCGGAGUAAGUAGUAUAGAUGAACAAUCACUUUUGCAAUCAUCGCAGGAUGAUAUUGGUCAACAGGUUGCAAAAUUAAAGUUUCUGAUCUUUGAACGAGAGUUAAUGUACCAAUUGAAAAAGGAAUCAGUUCAGCUGAUAUCCUAUGAUGUUAAGUUAGAAAAUGAAAAUAAAAUAGUAAUGGAAUUCCCUGGCGAAAAGAUUGAAAUUGAAAUGGUUCCAUUAGAUGACAAUGCCCUUCUACUAAGCCAAGAUGCUCCUAGAAAAAAUGAUAAUAGGGCAAACCUAAUAUUAAUAUUUUUGCGCAUGUUACUAGUAGUCAUGCAUAAGAACCAGUUAAGGCAAAGGUUGAAGCCAUCGGCACCAAAACAAAAGCAAAGAGGAAGUGAAAAGGACUUGUUGUUAUUGAGGCCUAUAGUAGGUAAGAUUAGACACCAAAGUUAUAUUAGCCUCUUACAGAAAGUUUUUACCGAGUCUGUUUUGGAUAGAGUUCCUGGUGCAACAAUUGAGGUUACUCCCGAAACAGAUGAUAAUGGGCCAGCGCAUGUUACAGAGUACUUCACUACAGAAUUAGAUAAACAAAUUUCACUAUUCGACAAAAUAUUAAAGAAACCUAAGACUAGGUUAAGAGUUGACUUACCUGGAAAAGGUUGUAUCAAUCUGGUACUGAAAAGUUCGAAUUAUUGUAAUGCCAUAAUGUUAGUAAAAUACUCAAACAGUAGUAACGAAACUGUGUUUGACACUGGGUUUACCGAGUUUAAAGAGUUAGAAGAAUUUUUGAAUUUUAUCGUUGUUGAAUAUGUUCUAUAG